GCUUUAACUCUGGCUAAAUGUGUAUUUCUGCGUUCAUAACCGUGUACAAAUAUUUAAAUGUUGCUCAUUUUGUUUUCUUAAAUGUAUAUUUAAACAGCUCAAGUGUACUUUGCCGUUACCGAGGUAGCACUAUAUAUAUUUACAGACUGUUGUUUACCGCCAUUCAGCACCAGGUGGCGGUAUCUUUCCGUUGUCGCCAGGCAACAGGAGCCGCUGGUAGGAGUGCACACGGUGCCUGAUCCCUGUGCGUGUUGGGAAAUGAUCAUUUCUAACCUGUGUGCAGGCAGAGGGAGUGUAGCUGUGUGGACCGGACUGUUUUACCAAGGGAAUGCAUUCACAAGAUUUUAAUCGUUUCGGAAACUGAAGUGGUCAAUGCCAACGAUUCCUCCGAGGGCGAUGGGCUGGUGUGCGGGUGAGCUAACGUGAGAAACAGCGGAGGAGAGGAGCCGCACAUGGGAGCUGUGUCACCCGACCUUAUCUGCGUUUGAACACUUUGACAGAGACAUGUCUAGAGACAGCAUGACAGAUGUACGAGGAGCCCAUUCACACAAUGCCAGCUCCGCUUUGCCCAAGGAGAACGGACACACGGUGCCCAACUUUGCCCACCCCUCAGCGGGGAAAGUGCCGGAUGAUACCCCGGUGUCCUCGACCAGCGAGCUGACCCAGACUUGGGUUCACCUCGCUAAAACGUUUGUGCUCAUCUUCCCCAUUUACGCACUGGGCUAUUUUGAGUUCAGUUUCAGCUGGCUGUUGAUCGGACUUGUUAUCUUUUUCUGGUGGAGGAGGAACACGGGAGGGAAGAACAGCCGGCUGAGCCGAGCUCUUGCUUUCUUUGAGCAAGAGGAGAGAAGUGUGAAGCAGAGUCUGACCACCUCUGAUCUGCCACCAUGGGUUCACUUCCCAGACGUGGAGCGAGUGGAGUGGCUAAACAAGACUGUGAAACAGAUGUGGCCCUACAUCUGCCAGUUUGUGGAGAAACUCUUCCACGAGACGAUCGAGCCGGCGGUGAAGGAGUCCAACUCCCACCUCAGCACCUUCUGCUUCAGCAAGAUCGACAUAGGAGCCAAACCUCUGAGGGUCAACGGGGUCAAGGUUUACACAGAAAAUGUGGACAAGCGACAGAUCAUCAUGGACCUACAGAUCAGCUUUGUCGGGAACACCGAGAUAGAUGUGGACAUCAAACGCUACUACUGUAAAGCUGGCAUCAAGAGCAUCCAGAUCCACGGCGUGUUGAGGGUGGUGAUGGAGCCGUUGCUGGGUGACAUGCCUCUCGUUGGAGCUCUGUCUAUGUUCUUCCUGAAGAAGCCACUUCUGGAUAUAAACUGGACCGGCCUCACCAAUAUACUCGACAUUCCUGGACUCAACGGCUUCUCUGACAGUCUGAUUCAAGAUAUUAUCUACAGUUAUCUGGUUUUACCCAAUCGUAUCACCAUCCCACUGGUCGGGGACGUGGAGCUGGCCAAACUACGAUUCCCCAUGCCAAAGGGAGUCCUGAGGAUUCACUUUUUGGAGGCUCAGGAUCUGGAAGGGAAAGAUAAAUUUCUGGGAGGGUUGAUCAAAGGCAAAUCUGACCCGUACGGCAUCCUGCAGAUCGGCACCCAACUGUUCCAGAGCAAGACGGUCAAAGAGUGCCUCCAUCCCAAAUGGAACGAAGUUUACGAGGCAUUGGUGUACGAGCACUCGGGUCAGCACCUCGAGAUCGAGUUGUUUGACGAGGACCCGGAUAAAGAUGAUUUCCUGGGAAGCCUGAUGAUCGAUAUGACUGAGCUGCACAAAGAACAGAAGGUUGAUGAGUGGUUUGACCUGGAAGAAACCUCUACUGGGAAACUCCACUUAAAACUGGAGUGGCUCUCUCUGCUCUCCACUACUGAGAAGUUGGACCAGGUUCUGCGAAGCGUUCGCGCAGACAGAAGCCUGGCCAAUGACGGCUUAUCGUCAGCACUGCUCGUGGUCUACCUGGACUCAGCAAAGAACCUGCCAAGCGUCUUCACAGGAAGCUUAGGCUGUGGAAACUUAAGUGAGAGGAGAGCGUCUGGUCUAGUCUUUUGUGAGAGCGAUACCUCAGAGUAUAGAACAAUAUGUUCUGCAAAGAAGAGUAGCAGUGAACCCAGUCCUUACGUCCAACUGACUGUUGGACACAAAACACUCGAGAGUAAGAUCCGGUUCAAGACCAAGGAGCCCAUGUGGGAAGACUGUUUCUCAUUCCUCGUUCACAACCCCAGGAGGCAGGAGCUCGAGGUGCAGCUAAAAGAUGACAAGCAUAAAUGCACCCUGGGUAAUUUGACGGUGCCUUUGUGCAGCCUGUUGGUGGAGGAGGAGAUGACGCUGACUCAGUGUUUUCCUCUCAAGAACUCCGGACCGAGCUCCACCAUCAAACUGAAGAUGGCCCUGAGGAUCCUGUCCUUGGAGAAGCAGGUAUCCUCAGACCAGCCCUCCUCCGUCCAGGUCAGGAAGUCCAGCGUGCCGCAGCCGCCCUCGGCCCCCUCCCAGAGACAAUCAGAUUCCCCGCUCCCUCCUCCCACACCUCCGCCACCUAUCGACGCCUCCACCCUCAACCUCCAGCAGAGGGACGGUGAGCCGUACUCGGCCAGCCCGCUCCGCAGCAACUCCAACCUGAGCACCUGCAUGUCCAGCUCCCAGAAACACUUGCCCCACAAGGAGUCCACGCCCAGUCUGGCCUCGGAUAUCUCGCUGCCCUUCGCCACCUUGGAGCUCCAGCAAAGGCUCCGUCAGCUGCAGAAUGGCUCGGCCCCCAGCCAGUUCCCCCUGGGCGAGGUCCAGCUGACUGUCCGACACAGCUCUCAGAGGAACAAACUCAUUGUGGUGGUGCACGCCUGCCGUAACUUGAUCGCCUUCACCAAAGACAGUUCAGAUCCCUUCAUCCGCCUCUAUUUGCUGCCCGACAAGAGCCGGACAGGGCGGAGGAAGACCGGCACAAUAAAGCGGACCCUUAACCCUGUUUAUGAUCAAACGUUUGAGUUUAGCGUAUCCAUGGUGGAGCUCCACAGGAGAACUCUGGAUGUAGCGGUGAAGAACGGAGGGAGCAUUUUGUCCAAACACAAAGGGCUUCUGGGAAAGGUGUUGGUAGAUUUAAGUGGGGAAGACAUAUCCAGAGGAUGGACACAAUGGUAUGACCUGAGCGAAGACGGUUUGUCGUCUCAAGGCAUAAGAAACAUCCAGGACGGCCUCCUCACAUAGUGAGACCACCUGUGCGCUGUAAUAUCUUGUUAAUAGAAGGACACGUCAUUUCGUCGCAUCAUGUACAUUCUUCAGAUAGUUUACAGGACUUAUUUCGGCAUGCGAGAACCUUUUUUCUUCCUUUUUUUUUUUCUCCAGUCAACGAUCAAGAAUGGAAGACAUUGUAACAUAUUGAAAUGUGCUGAAAACACACUAACUGCUCUCUGUUCUCAGUGUUCUGUGUAAAUAAUCGAGUUGCUAAUAUAUAUAGUUACGAAGAUUUGCAGGGGUUUUCAUGGCAUUACGUUUCCUUAUAUUGAAAUGAAUUGUUGUUGCGUUCUGUCCGGUUCGUUAGAAAACUCGUACCAAAGGAAUGAAAUCACAAGCGUAGGCUUAAGUAGCAGUCUUGACUGAUAUUUUCUUUUCUUUUUCUUCUUUUGUCAUGCAGUGUUAUUUGAUCUUUUACCUCUUAUCGUUCUUUAUGCUUGAUUACGAACAAGGAAUGCACAUAUGCAAUGAAUAAAAGGAUCGCUCUGUAUAUUUUAAGAGGACUUUUGUGCAAUAUUGGAGUCUGAACAAACCUGGAAACAUUUUAGGGCUAAGAACAAGUGCUGUAUUAUAUUAUGGACAAUAUAAAGGAUACUUGAAUAAGAGUUUGGUUGUUGUUCGAGUUGAACAAACUGAUUAACACGAGCGGAGACAACGGUUAUUGCAUUUUUACGAAAGCAGGCCUGCGAGAAAAGUUGCGAUGUCAUAGGCUUGUACAUGUGAUGCCACGCGGUCAUAAACUGUCUGUCGGAGCGUUUAAAUACUUUUAUUGUUAUCUAUCCUGUGCCUUAAAAAAACGCUAUGUAAUUUUUUGCCUUCUUAACGUUGUUAUUAUUAUUUUGAAUGAUAUGAUGCCUCAUGGGUUUUGAAAAAUAAAUAGUUUCUCUU